AUGCCACCUACAUCAUGCUUCAACUGCAAGGAGUCGAGAGCGGUAGUUAUCCGUCCCAAAAACCGCCAUAAGCUCUGCCGCUCCUGCUUCCUCGAGAUCUUCGAAACCGAAGUCCACGAGACCAUUACCGCCUCCUCCCUCUUCUACCCCGGCGAACGGGUCGCCAUCGGCGCCAGCGGCGGUAAAGACAGCACGGUGCUCGCCUCGGUUCUCAAAACACUCAACGAGCGUUACAACUACGGCCUGGAGCUAUGUCUGCUCUCCAUCGACGAGGGCAUCAGGGGAUACCGCGACGACAGCCUGGAGACGGUCAAGCGCAACGCGGUGCAGUACGACAUGCCGCUCGAGAUCGUCGGGUACAGCGAGCUCUACGGAUGGACGAUGGACCAGGUCGUCGAGCAGGUCGGCAAGAAGGGCAACUGCACGUACUGCGGGGUGUUUCGGCGGCAGGCGCUGGACCGCGGCGCGGCGCGGCUGGGCAUCAAGCAUGUCGUGACGGGUCAUAAUGCGGACGAUGUCGCGGAGACGGUGAUGAUGAACCUGCUGCGUGGAGAUCUGCCGCGCUUGUCGCGCGGGACUAGCAUCGUCACGGACUCGGCGGCGUCGGAUAUCAAGCGGAGCAAACCGCUCAAGUAUGCGUAUGAGAAGGAGAUCGUGCUGUAUGCGCACCACAAGAAGCUGGAUUACUUUAGCACGGAGUGUAUCUACUCGCCGGAGGCGUUCCGGGGUAGCGCCCGUACGCUGAUCAAGGAUCUGGAGAAGAUCCGGCCGAGCUCGAUUCUGGAUAUUGUCAAGAGUGGCGAGGAUAUGGCUGCGCUGGUGCCGUUGGAGGUCAGCUCGAGUGGGAAGAAGUGCGGUGGCCGUGCGGCUGCGGUCGGUGCCGAGGAUGAGGAGGCCGGGGGCUGUGGAAGCCAGAACGGUCGGUCCAGCGGAGGCGAGAUGGCGGCAAUGGAGAAGCAGCUGGCGGAAGACGAGGCUGCUCACCCCAGAGAGACGGAAAUCAAGCUCCCGACUGCCAAAAGAAAGACGGGCAAGGCGAACAACCCGAAGGCCAUCAAAAGCCAGACCAUGGGCAAGUGCGAGCGGUGCGGAUACAUCUCGAGCCAGAAGAUCUGCAAAGCGUGCAUGCUCCUGGAUGGACUGAACAAGAACCGACCCAGGACUGCGAUUGAGGUUGGCGUGGGGAUGGAGGAUGAAGAAAGCAGCACAACGCUCAUGCGGCAGAUGGAGCGCGUCCAGCUGACGACUGGCUAG